UGGCAGCUCCCGGGAGCGCACUGCUGUCUUCUGGCGGCUGCGGUCCGUGGGCGCGUUUUGGGGCACCCUCGGGCAGAGCGCGGGGGCAGCGCCUCGCCUGGGCUCCCGAAGCUGUUACAGCGCCAGAUGCGAAAGCCAUGGAGUUGAGCUGCAGCGAAGUACCUCUUUAUGGGCAGGUGACAGUCUACGCGAAGUUUGGCGAAAAUGUUUAUCUUCCUAAAGAUGCCGAGUUUUACUUUAUUUACGACGGCUCUCAUCAGCGACACAUUGUGAUUGCAGAGUGCAUCGAGGAUAACAUUCUCCAGUCCAGCAUUCCAGGCCACGGGCUUCAGGAGACGGUGAUGGUGUCUGUGUGCCUCUGCUCAGAAGGCUACUCCCCGGUGACCAUGGGGUCUGGCCCGGUGACCUACGUGGACAACAUGGCUUGCAGGCUGGCCCGCUUGCUGGUUACCCAAGCUGAUCGCCUCACGGCGUGUAGCCAUCAGACCCUGCUGACCCCGUUUGCCCUGACGGUGGGACAGUUGCCUGCUCUGGACGAGGAGCUCGUGCUGGCCAUGGCCCAUCUGGAGUUGCCUCUUGGGUGGACUGUCUUGGGAAAUUCUUCACUUGAAGCUUCUCCACACAGAGAGUCUCUUCUCCACCUUGCGAUGAGAUGGGGCUUGGUGAAGCUUUCCCAGUUCCUCUUGGGUCUCCCUGGGGGAGUCCAGGCCUUGGCUUUACCCAAUGAAGAGGGUGCCACACCAUUAGACUUAGCUUUACCCAUCUGUCGCUCCAAGCUGGUCGAAGACAUCGCAGAUUUUCAGGGCAGACGUUCCCCUGACUUCUCGCGAGUGUGGCUUGGCGAAGACGCUCUCCUGCAGUUUGUUCACUCAUCAGAGACGCUGACCCUGACAGUCAACCACACAAACGAGCAUUUAUUGGAGGCGGACAUUAAACUCUUCAGGAAAUACUUUUGGGAUAGAGCCUUUCUUUUCAAGGCUCUUGAAGAACAGCAAGAAGCCAAGCCAGAGGAAACACCAGCCAUGCCCUCCAGUGCUGCAGAAACUGAAGAAGAGAUUAAGAAUUUCGUGUCCAGCAGAUCAUCACCAGAAAAGGAGGAUGCUAAGUGUGUCAAAAGCCUGGUGGUUCAGCCAAAUGCUCAUGAAGACCAGGACAACCUAGAUUUAGACCACUCUUACGAUGUGCUCAAAAAAUCCAAGCAUCCCCCAACAUCCCUUGCUGGCGGCCGGCUUUCUGACAUGCUGAACGGUGAAGAUGAAGUCUAUGCUAACUGCAUGGUGAUAGAUCAGGUUGGUGAUUUGGAUAUUAACUAUAUUAAUAUAGAAGGAAUAACUGGCAACACCAACCCUGAAUCUAUGGGUUCCACUCUUGGGCCUCAGAGAUGCAAGCACAUCCUUUCUAGUGAGAACAAUGAAGUGACAUCAGAUACUGUAGCCCAAAAGCCUUUCAUGUCACCAUCAAAUUUAUGUGCUUCAGAUUUGAAUCUUUCUUUUGGUCUUCAUGGGUUUGAAAAAAAGCAUCAUCUGGAGAAAAGAAGUUCCAGCCUCGAUGCCUUGGAUGCCGACAGUGAAGGGGAAGGGCAGUCUGAGCGGUCCCACAUCUGUUAUACUCCUGGGUCCCACAGUUCCUCAAGAACUGGGAUUCCCAGUGGGGACGAACUGGACUCUUUUGAGACCACCACUGAACCGGAUUUUAAUAUCUCCAGGACUGAAUCACUUUCUUUGUCAAAUAAUCUACAGUCAAAGGAAUCAUUGCUUUCCGGAAUCCGCUCACGUUCUUAUUCCUGUUCAUCGCCCAAAAUUUCUUUGGGAAAAUCACGGUUGAUGCGUGACUUUACAGUGUACAAUUCAAGUGAAGAGCAAAGAGCUUACAGUUUACCGGAACCACCAAGAGAUAAAAGGGGUCAGGAAGAAGAAUGGGACAAAUACAUCAUACCUGCCAAAUCGGAAUCUGAAAAAUACAAAGUGAGCCGAACUUUCAGCUUCCUCAUGAAUAGGAUGACUAGCCCUCGGAAUAAAUCGAAGACGAAAAGCAAGGAUGCCAAAGACAAAGAGAAACUGAGUCGCCAUCAGUUUAUCCCUGGAACAUUCUCUGGGAUUCUACAGUGUUUGGUUUGUGAUAAAACACUGCUGGGGAAAGAGUCAUUCCAGUGUUCCAAUUGUAAUGCAAAUGUACAUAAGGGUUGUAAAGACGCUGCACCUCCAUGUACCAAGAAAGUCCAAGAGAAGUAUAACAAGAACAAACCACAGACCAUCCUUGGAAAUUCCUCACUUAGAGACAUUCCACAGCCUGGUCUUUCCUUGCACCCUUCAUCCUCCAUGCCUAUUGGAUUGCCGACUGGAAGGAAAGAAAUGGCAGGGCAGGUCCAUCCCCUGUCCAGAAGUGUUCCGGGCACCACCUUGGAGAGCUUCAGGAGGUCAGGGGCAUCCUUGGAGUCUGAAUCUGAUGGCAGCAACUGGAGAAGCAGGUCUCAUUCCGAUGAGCUGUUCCAGCCCAUGGGCUCUUCUCCCUCCACGGAGCCGUUCAUAAUGGAAGAUGUUGUGGACUCUUCUCUGUGGAGUGCCCUCAGCAGCGACGCCAAGGAGUUUGAAGCGGAAUCUUGGAGUCUUGUGGUGGAUCCCUCGUUUUGUAAUAGGCAGGAGAAAGAUGUCAUCAAAAGACAGGAUGUCAUUUUUGAGCUCAUGCAGACGGAAAUGCAUCACAUCCAGACCCUCUUCAUCAUGUCCGAGAUCUUCAGAAAAGGAAUGAAAGAGGAGCUGCAGCUUGACCACGGCACCGUGGAUAAGAUCUUCCCCUGUUUGGAUGAGUUACUUGAAAUCCACAGGCAUUUUUUCUAUAGUAUGAAGGAGCGAAGGCAGGAAUCUUGUGCUGGCAACGUCAGGAAUUUUGUGAUCAACCGAAUUGGAGAUGUUCUCAUCCAACAGUUUUCAGAAGAAAAUGCAAAUAAAAUGAAGAAAAUAUAUGGAGAAUUUUGUAGUCAUCACAAAGAAGCUGUUAGCCUCUUUAAAGAACUCCAGCAGAAUAAAAAGUUUCAGAAUUUUAUUAAGCUCCGAAAUAGUAAUCUCUUGGCUCGACGCCGAGGAAUCCCAGAAUGCAUUCUGCUCGUCACUCAGCGCAUCACAAAGUACCCUGUGUUGGUGGAAAGGAUAUUGCAGUACACAAAGGAAAGAACUGAAGAACAUAAAGACUUAUGCAAAGCUCUUGGCUUAAUUAAAGACAUGAUUGCAGCGGUGGAUUUAAAAGUCAGCGAAUAUGAGAGAAACCAAAAAUGGCUUGAAAUCCUAAAUAAGAUUGAAAACAAAACAUAUACAAAGCUCAAAAAUGGCCAUGUGUUUAGGAAGCAGGCCCUGAUAAGUAAAGAAAGGACUCUAUUAUAUGAUGGCCUUGUUUAUUGGAAAACUGCUACAGGUCGUUUCAAAGAUAUCCUAGCACUACUUCUAAGUGACGUGCUGCUCUUUUUACAAGAAAAAGACCAGAAAUAUAUCUUUGCAGCAGUUGAUCAGAAGCCAUCAGUUAUUUCCCUUCAGAAGCUUAUUGCUAGAGAAGUGGCUAAUGAAGAGAGAGGAAUGUUUCUGAUCAGUGCUUCAUCUGCUGGUCCUGAGAUGUAUGAAAUUCAUACCAAUUCCAAGGAGGAACGGAAUAACUGGAUGAGACGGAUCCAACAGGCAGUAGAAAGUUGUCCAGAAGAAGAAGGGGGAAGGACGAGCGAAUCCGAUGAAGAGAGGCGGAAAGUCGAAGCAAGAGUGGCCAAAAUUCAGCAGUGUCAAGAAAUACUCAGUAACCAAGACCAACAAAUUUGCACGUAUUUGGAGGAGAAGCUGCAUAUCUAUGCUGAACUUGGAGAACUGAGCGGAUUUGAGGAUGUCCAUCUAGAGCCCCACCUCCUCAUUCAGCCUGACCCAGGAGAGCCCCCCCAGGCAGCCUCAUUACUGGCAGCGGCAUUGAAAGAAGCUGAGAGCCUGCAAGUAGCAGUGAAGGCCUCACAAAUGGGUGAUAUAAGUCAAUCAUCAGAGGAAAGUUGUGGAGAGUCUGGUUUGACGGAUGUGCUCAGUUCCAGUGAUGUACCAGGAUCGUCUACUGCUUCACUCGUCGCAGAAGGGACGGGCGGACCAGGCUGCUGGCGUGUGGAGCCCGGGGUCCCGGAUGCUGUAACCGACUUGGCGGUCUCCGAUGCAGGGGAGAAGGUGGAAUAUAGAAGUUUUCCAGGUUCUUCACAGUCAGAGAUUAUACAAGCUAUACAGAAUUUAACCCGUCUCUUAUAUAGCCUUCAGGCUGCCUUGACCAUUCAGGAUAGCCACAUUGAGAUCCACAAGCUGGUUCUCCAGCAGCAGGAGAGACUGUGCCCCAGCCAGGCUCUCCGAGGGAGCCUGUGGCAGGACCAGGAGAGGUACCGCAACCUGGGGAAGCAGCGCGAGGAGCUGGCCAACAUCCACAAGCUCCAACAGCAGUACCAGCAGGAGCAGAGGCACUGGUACCGCCAGUGUGGCCAGAAACAGCGGGAGCAGGAGGCCAAAGAGAGCUGGUUGCAGCAGCGGGAGAGGGAGUGCCAGUCGCAGGAGGAGCUGCUGCUGAGGAGCCGUGGGGAGCUGGACCAUCAGCUCCAGGAGUACCAGCAAAACCUGGAGCGGCUGAGGGAGGGCCAGCGGGUGGUGGAGAGGGAGAGGGAGAAGACGCGGAUCCAGCAGGGCCUGCUGUGCCACUGGAAACACAGCCGGCAGAGUAGUCUCCCGGCAGCAUUUUCUCCAGGAAACAAGGAGGUAAUGGAUCUUAAUCGAUCUGAGAGUUUAUGUCAUGAAAAUUCAUUCUUCAUCAAUGAAACUUUAGUACAAAUGUCACUUAACACUUUUGACAAAUCGAAUCCAUCGGGUAUCUAUCAGGAUGCCAUUUCCCCCCCAAAUAUAUCUAAUUCUGAUUUGGUAAGGACUAGUGAAAAUCAAGUAGACUUCAAGAUGGAUGUUUUUCAUCCCUUGGAUGUCAAUCAUGAACUGUGGACAGCCAUGGAGUCCUCUCAUCAGAUACCUCCUCUUGACAAAAGCAACAAGGAUUCUUGUAAAAAUGAUUUCAAUGCCUCACAGACUGAGUUCCCAACCCCCGAUGGCUCAAAUCCACAGUGCCCUCAGCUGCCCACUUUUCUAGCAGAAGCAAAACUAAAUGUACAGACGGUGACCGGACAAGACCGGGAGACCAGAGAUGGAGCUGAAGAAAAUAUUGUUUACCUCUAAUUGUGUGUUGUUGUCAUUUUUCCAAACAAAACAAAACACUGGCACUUUUGAGAAAAAUUGUUCUUCUUCUCCUUUCCUGAUGUGUGUGUAAUUGUCUGUGUCCAAAUUGCCUUAAGAAUAAUAUUUAAUAUUUCAUGCAAGUUCAUUGUUUUGGCACGAGUCUCAUAAUUAAAUUAUUGCAAGAAGCUCUGUUUGUAUAAUCUUUACCUUACCACACCUUAUUUCAGAUUUCUGGAGGAGAAAUUAACUUGAAUAAGCAGAAUAUUUAAAAGUUGUUUUGACUCUAGAAUAAAAUUCCAUGUUGCGUUUUUGACUGGAUCAUCUUGGGUUUCAAAAUGCCUCCUAAGACCUAGAUGAAACCACUUGAAUUUAAAGACUGACAUUCGUAAUAGGUGUACAUUUCAUAGUCACAGCGGCUGAUUAUUGAGAAUGGCUGCAGUGCCCCAAAAGACAGAGAGGUAGGUGGGAAAGGCUAGCUUUUGUGUGCUAAUUUCUCUUCGGGGCAUCAGAAGGGAUGUCUCUGGUGAACUUUCAGUCACCACUUAAAUGUGUCCCAAUUACCUGGUGACCAGGAGGCCACCAUGCUAGGCACACAGUUUUGACACUCUCAGAAGCUGAGCCACUUGCUUGGCAGAUGUUUCUUCAUUCCAAUGGUGAUGGGCUCCCACGUCACAGUUCAGCAUCGUCUUCCCACAUAACCAUCAGCAGAAGUUCAGAGACACCAGCAAGUCAAUUUUGAUGUAAAUAGUGAAGCUCCACGUGAGCCCUCACCUCUGUCAGCUGGCCCUGUCCUCUCUGGCACCUGGCGCGCCAACACCACCGCUCAUGAGGAGAAACACUUUCCUGCAGUUCUUUAAGGAAAAAAUAAGACAAAACUGCAUUGCUCUCUGUCUGUGAAGCUUGCUGCCCAAAUAUGCUUUUACACAAAGGAAAAGGGCACCUCCUGCCUUCAGAGUGAUACGGAUCUCGGUGAGAGAAAAUAAAUGAGGAAAUGUUUUCAUCUUGUUCUUGUAUACGUUUUGGUCAGUGUCAAUAAAUAUC